CCCAUUACAGGGACGGUCUAUGCUGCAUUUGAAAUCUGUGCCAAGAGCGUUGUGCAGGACAGAGAUCGAUAUCAGCAUGGCGGUAAAGGAGCGGCUCUAUUCAGCUUGAUUGGAAGUCAAGAUUAUUAUGGCUGAGAUUUUACAUUAUAUAACGGAAAAGUGCAUUUCCAUCGAAGUGCAUUUUUCGCGGCGCUCAGUAGCAUCGUAAGCAACGGCGAAGACGGACGGGAAACUCGGCGUCGAACCUCUCAUAUCGAGUGAGAAAAAGCGAGCGAAAAGCGGGACAGAGGUUUACAUUGUAACACGAUUAUCGCAAUUGCAGUCUGAAUCCGCGACACGCUAGACCGUAAACAGUCACCAUGGCAAAUAUUCUCAAGAAGAGAUGUAUUCUCAACUGUAAUCUUAUCUUACUUAUUUUGUUAUCGGUUGUUACUGGUGCUAAUCAGUACUUCUCUGGUCACAAUUGUUUACUAUAUAGACUCAUUCGUAAAUCUGAACCAAAGCAAGUAGCAGAUAUUAGAAUUAUGUCUGUAAUUUUCCAAAAAUGGAAAUUGAUAUAGUUUUACCAUUGUGCAUAGAAUAUUUUUAUCAAUUACUGCAGGAGAGAUGAUGAUAGUAUUUGUUUAUGAUACCGCAAGGUGUUGUAAAGAAGACGAUGAUCCUGCAGAAGCAGUUAUGUACUUCCAUCCAGCAUGGGUGUCUCUUACCCAAAGGCUGGCUUUAGCAGGUCAAUUAAUGGCUGUUAAUCAAUUUCUCACAAUUUCCUUUUCUGCACCAAAAUCAAUUAUACUACAGGGAGGAAAAUUUGUACUGAAAAAGUUUGGACAGUACAUCCUUGCAGUGGGAACUGAUAGGAAUAUACACGAUUGGAUUUUAGAAAGGCGUGCAAACACAUUAGAGUCAUUAUUAAAAUUUUUUCAUUGUGACCUUAAUAAAAUAUUAGAAUCGUUUAACAAUGAUAGAAACAAAUUUACAGAAAAGCUAUAUCAGAUGUUUGAAACUUAUUUGCCAAUACUUCAAUAUAGUGCCAAUCUUUUUUCCAACAUACCUAUUAUCAAACUUCCAAAGAGUGCUAGUAACAUAUUUUUAGAAGCAAUCGAAGUUUUGCAAUAUUGUCAAGAAACUAAUGGUGUUGUGGGAGGUGCAGUCUUCUAUAAUAAUAAGGUAGUUGCUACUCAAUUAAGUGCAGAUUUGACCAAACAAAUCGUUAUAACCGAUCCAUAUAGAAUAAAGGCUCCAGCAGAGAAAAUAUCAACUGAAUUUCACCUCCCUGUCGGAGUGCAAUUAUUGAAAGUCUACAUAGAACAGAAACAGUUCGCGAAACUUGUACAGGAAGCAAACAAUGAACGUUAUUACAGUUCUUACUUUGAUUCUGUUUUAAAGAAAAUGUUGCAGAGAAAGAACAUUUCUAAGAACAAUAAGGAACCGCCCCUGUCCGGAAUGAAGCGCGACACUUCUCGUAUUUUCACAGUACCUGAAGAAACGGAAUUAGAUUCUUCGCAGUACAACGAUAACAAUCAUUAUAUACCAUCCGUUCCGCUCACCGCUUACAGCUCUCCGGUGAAACGUAAACAGGAAAGUAAAUCAGACCGUCCUAAGUGUACGAACCCUUUGACUCCCAGUGUUUGCUCUACACCGUUGAAAGAUGUAAAUAGAGUAUUGCACGGCAACGUUAUGUUAAUAUGUAACACUAACGAGGACGCCAAUAACGAGACAGCGGAGGAGAGAGAGGAAAUAAAGGCGAACGUGGACGACAUACCGGAUGUUGUCAAAGAGGCGCUUAGAUGUAAACGUUUGAAUAAACUGAGAAACGUUCCACCGAAGAAGAAAGUGAUUAAAAGGAAAGAGUUCAACAAAAAGAGCUUAAGCAUGCACGACUUGGAGUUGUCCGUGAAUGUGUACUCCAACAGGAUAUCGGUUAGACCAUACGGAUUGGGUCUGCCACCGUUAAAGCAGGAUGUAUCGCCUGAGACUUCCCCUCAAAAGAAACUCGCGUGCAAGAAGCAAUAUCACACGAUUACCGAUCCAUGCUAUCCCGUGUUUCGUUGCGACGGACUGCCGGUGUCCAUGUCGUUGUACGAGCAAUACAUAUCCUCCCAUUACGAGGAGCUCACGGAUGACACCGACAACACGGUCAACCGUAAUGACUUCUUAGGCAGCAUAACUAAUCAUUGUCACGUCGAUAAUCAGACGAAUAACUGUGAUACCACGAGCAAAGGCAAUUUAGAGAAAUUGAAUAGCUGUCGCGAGGUGAAGUUAGAUAAUAAAGCGAAGCAAGAAACCUAUCGCAGGUCGAUGAGCCUUCCAUUGAAGCCACUCAACAUCAGCGACAACGACGACAGACGGAAAUCAGCAUCCGAGUGCGGCAACUCGUACGAUUUCCUUCAGAAGAAGAAACUGGACGGUUUGCAACUGACACCGUUGAUGUCCAAGCUCAGUCUGCUCGCUGACGAAAGGACCAGUGGAUUUUGCAGCAGGGAGACCACCCCCAGCGAAUUCCGUGAUCUAUCAGGAUUCUCGACGGCAACCAAUCAAAUGAUCAAGCAAAAGUUAGAGGCGGUCAAUAAGGAAAUAGGCAGCGACGGAGAAGACGAGCUCGAAGAGGAUUGGCUCACCGCGUCUAAAGAUGAAAUUUCCCUCGAAGCUUCUGAAUUAUUUCUUUGCGGACACCAGAACAUGGUGCUGGUACUGCUAAUGGAGAGCGGAACUGCUAAUAACCCUGAUCUUAUACAUACUCUUUGGCACACCUGUGUGAGUACAUUAGGGAAACUUGAAACGAGACUGCAACAGUGUCUAGAGCCUCUGCCAUCGAAUGAAAACAAAGAGCUGUACAGUAUUUUAAAUAUCGAUCAUCAAUGGGAUACGAUAAACCGCUCUGGACUGUGGGGCGUCACCGAAUUGGAUAUCGUGUCUUGCCUUCAUGAUAGAUUUUCUCGUGCUAGUAAUCUCACGGACAUCAUCGUUAGGUAAUUCUUUUAGUUACUAGAAAACGUACUCGAAUUAGUGGAUUUGCGUAUAUAUCAGCUUUGAUUUGCUUCAGUAGAUAUACUUACAUCUUCUUGCUCAGCUGUGAUAUUUCUUCU